AUGCCUUCCUCCGACUACGCCUCCGCCGUGGGCGGCGGCCUCAAGCUCAAAGGCAGCAGUAGCGGCAUCGACAAAAAGAAGAAGAAGAAGAAGUCCAGCAGCAAACCCUCCGAGUCAAAACCUACCACGAACAGCGAAACGAAACCAGACGAGCUUGAAGGAGAGACAGCAGGACAAGAGUCAGAGUCGCAAAGUGCUCUACAAAAGGCGCUAGCAGAUGAAGAGGCCCAAGAUACACAACUUGCCAAAGCAGCGGCAGAAGCAGAACUUCGAGGAUAUGGAAAGACUGAGGCACAAAGACGGCAUGAGGAGAGGAGGAAGAAGAGGCUUGACGAGCGACUCAAGAAAGAAGGCGUAUUGACUCACAAGGAGCGGGUACAGCAGCUGAACAAAUACCUUUCGACUCUGAGCGAGCACAACGACAUGCCGAGAAUCGGGCCUGGCUAA